AAUUAAAUACAAAGCCAAUAUUAGAGUAGUCCCAUGAUGAACAUAGGAGGAAAUCGUAUUUGAAAAUUGAUAAUUGUCACUGACAAUAUGUAAUCUGUUGUUACGUCCUACCAAAAUACGAAAAUUUUUGAGGGAACUCAUGUCAAGUAAGGAGAAUGAUUGAUUUUCCCUCUGCUUACCCCGUUUCCAUGGAAAAUACAUAUUUAGAGGGUUGUGCAUUGUGCAACUGAAGUCUGAAUCUAUUUGAAGAAGUUUGUGAAUGAUAAUAAUUUCCUGAAGAAAUGGGUCUUUAGAAUACCAUACAAGUGCAGGUAUGGCGUCCAGAGACGUAGAAAGAGAUCGUUUGAUCAAACGCAUUACGGAGAAGAGAGCAAAAUUGGAAGCUCGUGGUGAUCUUAAUAUAAAAAUUCCACGACUAUCACUGCCAUCAGAUUUUAACAUACAUGACCGAUCACUAUUUUCUCUGCCUCCAGAACUACUUAAGCCAAUCUUGGCUUCUGCACAUCCCAAAUACAAAAAGCAGUUUGCUGCAGAAAAGAAAAAAGCGGCAGAACAACAGUCUAGAAUCAAAUCUUACACUCUGUUACGAAAACAAAGGGAAGAAUACAGAAACAGAUUAGUAAGGUUAAUAGUUGGAACGGAUGCCGAAAGGACAAUGUCCACGGAUGAUGAAUUGCCAAAUGCAGAAGACAGGGAAAUGUUACGAUACUAUUACUAUAUUAAACAUGGUGUAGAUACGGUACAUGUUGCACCCUUAGAUGAAAAAGUAUUAGUAAGGGUUUUGGCAUUAGUGCCGAAGAGGUUGUGGAAAUGGGAGAAAACGUUGGAAACAUCUAUCCAAGAGGUUAAAGAUGAAUUUAUGCUGGCCGUAAAAAAAGCCAUUGUAGAUUUCGUCCUUCAAGAUCCAGCAUUCGUCAAAGCCAUUGGCGAAGACAUGACUCCAGCCAGAGUAGAACUGAAAAGUAUAGGUAAUAGCUUUAGGCCUGCUUUCAAUAAAGCUCAAUUGAGAAUCAGCAGGAAUUUGCAUUGCAUUAAUCCGUGUUUAGCAGCCGUAUUGGACAUUUGGGAAAAGGAGUUUAAAGAUCUUCGUCUUCUAGAUAUCGAAGCCCUAAAGAACCACCAAGGUGCUUUCGAGUUAAGCGAAUUCAAAUUUGUAACAAACAAACACAUCGAAACAUGCAAAGAUAACCUGUUUUCCAAAUACUAUUACGCUGUCACGGAUAUUUUUCUUCAAGGCAGUAAGAAGAACAGGUUACCAGAUCCAGGAAAGAAGAAGAAAAUGGAGUCGUUUUAUAACGCGGUCGCCAGUAUCAUGACUUAUCAGCUACAGACUUUGUGUUUCAAUUCGUUGGCUGAUUAUAUGAAGUACAUUUUAGACGUCAGGUAUGCCAAUAAAGGGUUUCAAAUAAAACUUCAGCAAAGAGGUAACAGCUUGAUGUUUGAGCCGUCAUUUAAAAGCUUUCGUGACACAUUAGUAGCACUCAUUGAUAUAAUGAUCGACGCUGUUGGUGAUGUUCCAAGACUGGAGACUAAAUUGUACUUGGAUUGGGCAGAAGAAGAGAGAUACUUAAAGCCCAUAUUUCCAGAAGAACUUGCCUUGCAGUACAAAGCUCAAAUUAGAUAUAUGCUAGAUGAACAACGAAUAGGACCCGAACUAAGAGUUCAAGACUUUGAUGAGUUUCUACCCUUAAUUAAUGGAAAAGAUGAGGAGUUUAUAAAUGAAUUUUUAUCACAAAAACACACAUUUGAUGAGCUAGCCAAUGAGAUCCUUAAGUAUAAGGCAAUUGUUGAUAAAAUUCCUUUGGCAAACGAACACUAUGUUCGUAUCGAAAUGUACGACAUGAACCGAAACGACUUGAUCAAAGCCUUGGAAGCUUCUGCUCAAAAUUUCAAAGACAUGUUGCUACAAAAAUGCAUUAAAGAUUUACAGGUACUGUGUAAAAGCAUUGGUGACGAAUACCAAACCAUAUCCGACAAAGCAUUAGCAAUUCCUGAUGAUACUCAUGAAUUGAUAGCUACAAUUCGCUAUGUUGCUGAUGUACAAGCUAUCACCAUGUUAGACCUGGAGGAUAAGUUAAGAGAUGUUAUGAAUUAUAUUCUACUUUUGACCGACUACGUCAUAUUCACCCCUGUAGAAAUGAAAUUGAACAAUAACGCUUUUCAAUGGUACUUAUACAUGUCCAAAGUCUUAGAAGACCAUCGGCAAAUGGUGGAACAGAAAAUGGAAGAGUUUCAACAACUUCUCGCACAGAAAAUCAAGAAGUUUAAUGAAGAUCUGGAAAUGUAUGCAAAAAUGGUGGACGAAUUACAGCAUAACGGUAACAUUGAAGAUCUUCCGAAGUACCAUAAAAAAGCUACAAAGCUUGACGAAAGACUCAUCACUGCUAUGGAAAAAAUCGAUAGCUUCAACGAAGAAGAAGCAGCGUUUGGGUUCGAGCUUUCCCAGUAUCCCUUGAGGAAACAAAUACACGACAAAUUAAGUCCCUAUAAAAAGUUAUACGAUAACUCUGUAGAAUUUCUAAACAAAUACGAUUUAUGGAUGAAGUCCAGAGUUGGCAGUUUUGAUCCAGAUGAAAUUGAGACUGAUGUUGGUACUUAUUAUCGAAACGUUUAUAAGUUAGAAAAGGUCUUUUCGGAGAAACCAGCUACCCUAGAAUUGGCUACUACUGUCAGGGAGCAAAUAGAAGAAUUUAAGGAGCAUAUGCCGAUCAUCCAAACCUUAGGCAAUCCAGGAAUGAAGGAACGUCAUUGGGAAAAAGUGUCCGAAAUUGUGGGAUUCCCCAUAACAGUAGACGAAAACCUAACACUGGAAAAAAUUAUCGAUUACGGAUUGGAUGACUAUUAUGAGAAGUUUGAAGCCAUAUCUGAGGCAGCUACGAAGGAAAAUAACUUGGAGAAGAAUUUGUCCAAGAUGCUGCAUGAAUGGGAGGAGAUUGAGUUUAGUGUCUUGAUGUAUAAAGACACAGGAACAUAUAUCAUCUCAGCCGUGGAUGACAUUCAAGUACUUUUAGAUGACCACAUUGUCAAAACACAGACUAUGAAAAAUUCACCAUACAUCAAACCAUUUGAAAAGGAAACAUUAGCUUGGGAACAAAAGUUGCAACUGUUACAAGAAAUCAUGGAUGAAUGGUUGAAGGUUCAGUCCACUUGGAUGUACUUGGAGCCCAUAUUCUCCUCACCAGAUAUCCAACAACAGAUGCCAGAGGAAGGAAGAAGAUUCAGCGCUGUUGAUAAGAUCUGGAGAGACCUUAUGAAGACAGUAUUCAGCGACCCCAGGGUAUUAGCUGUUGCUGAGAUAGACAAGAUGGCUGAAAGACUGAAAAAAUGCAACAAUCUCUUGGAUUUGAUUCAAAAAGGUCUUAAUGAUUAUUUAGAGAAAAAGAGAUUGUUCUUUCCCAGAUUUUUCUUCUUGUCCAAUGAUGAGCUGCUAGAAAUUUUGUCUGAGACGAAAGAUCCUACAAGGGUCCAGCCACAUCUAAAGAAGUGUUUCGAGGGCAUAGCAAAACUGACAUUUACCGAAGAGCUUGAUGUGACUCAUAUGAAAUCAAGCGAAGAUGAGAUAGUACCACUGGUAGAUGUUAUUCAAACAGCUCUUGCAAGAGGACAAGUAGAAAAAUGGCUUGUCGAGCUUGAAGCUGACAUGAAAAAGUCUGUUCAUAAUAUGGUUAAAUCGUCUAUAAUUGACUACCCUCAAAGGCCCAGAGAGCAGUGGGUGCUGAAGUGGCCAGGGCAGUGUAUUCAAAGCGUGGGUUGUACUUUUUGGACCACGGAGGUCACAGUGGCUAUUGAGCGUGGAACUAGCGCCUUACAGGAAUAUUUGGCGAAAUGUAAUCAUCAGAUCGCCAAAAUUGUCGACUUGGUGCGAGGGAAACUUAAUGCUCAGAACAGGAUUACUUUGGGAGCUCUAGUUGUUUUGGACGUCCAUGCUAGAGAUGUGCUUUCCGGCUUAAUUACAGAUAGCGUGAAAAACACUCACGACUUCAAAUGGUUGUGUCAACUGAGGUAUUAUUGGGAGAACGACCAGAUGAUAACUUCUAUGAUUAACUGUACCCUAAAGUACGGAUAUGAGUACUUAGGAAAUACAACAAGACUUGUAGUCACACCACUGACUGAUAGGUGCUACAGAACAUUGUUUGGAGCUUUACAUUUACAUUUAGGUGGAGCUCCAGAAGGCCCAGCUGGUACGGGAAAAACGGAAACAACAAAAGAUUUGGCAAAGGCAGUAGCCAAACAAUGCGUUGUUUUCAAUUGCUCAGAUGGCUUGGACUAUAUAGCUUUGGGAAAAUUCUUUAAGGGCUUGGCAUCUUGUGGAGCUUGGUCUUGCUUUGACGAAUUCAACAGAAUUGAUCUAGAAGUACUUUCUGUAGUAGCACAGCAGAUAUUAACUAUACAGCGAGGAAUCAAUUCUGGAUGUGAGAAACUUCUCUUCGAAGGUACAGAACUCAUUCUUGAUCCCACUUGUGCUGUUUUCAUUACGAUGAAUCCAGGUUAUGCUGGAAGGUCAGAACUACCCGAUAAUUUGAAGGCUCUUUUCAGAUCUGUUGCUAUGAUGGUUCCAGACUAUGCACUUAUUUCGGAGAUAGAACUGUAUGCUUCUGGGUUCCUGACUGCUAAGCCUCUUUCGAUAAAGAUAGUGGCCACCUACAGACUUUGCUCAGAGCAGUUAAGCUCCCAACAUCAUUAUGAUUAUGGUAUGCGAGCUGUGAAAUCAGUUUUAAGAGCAGCUGGUGCCUUAAAACUAAGGUAUCCAAAAGAAAAAGAAGAUAUUCUGGUACUUCGUUCUAUCAUUGACAUAAAUUUGGCAAAGUUUUUGGAACAGGAUGUGCCAUUAUUUGAGGGUAUCACUUCAGACUUGUUUCCCGGAGUGGUUUUACCAGAACCAGACUACAUUAUCCUAAACAAGGCCGUUCGAGAUACCUGUGAAACAAGAAAUAUUCAGUGUGUGCCGUGUUUCCUGCAAAAAGUCCAACAACUGUACGAGAUGAUUAUUGUUAGACAUGGAUUGAUGAUCGUUGGUUUGCCCUUCGCAGGAAAAACAACUUCCUACAGGGUGUUGGCCGAUGCACUUGCUUUGGUUGAGGAAAGGGGUGGUAUGGAUGAACAUAAAGCAAUAUACGUUGUAAUGAAUCCCAAAUCAAUUACGAUGGGUCAGCUGUAUGGCCAGUUUGAUCCAGUAUCCCACGAAUGGUCUGAUGGUGUUCUGGCUGUCAGUUUUCGACAAUUUGCGAUGUCUACGACAGAUGAUAGGAAGUGGCUUAUUUUUGACGGACCUGUAGAUGCAGUAUGGAUAGAAAAUAUGAAUACUGUGUUAGACGACAACAAAAAGUUGUGCCUGAUGUCUGGGGAAAUCAUCCAGCUAGCCAAUACGACAAAUCUAAUCUAUGAACCAAUGGAUUUAGACGUAGCGUCCCCUGCAACAGUUUCUAGAUGUGGUAUGAUUUAUAUGGAACCAUCGUCUCUAGGUUGGGAACCUCUUCUGAUAUCGUGGCUCAAUACUUUGCCUCCGUUCUUAAAUACCGAUUUCUACAAAACGAUGAUACAGAAUUUGUUUAUGAGAUUUUGUAAACCACUUAUAUGGUUGGUUAAAAAAGGAGGCCUGAAGGAAAUUACCAAAUGUCAAGAAACCAACCUUCUCCAAGCUGUAAUGUACUACUUCGACACCUUCAUGGAUGACUUUUACGACGAAAAAUACCGAGAGCAAGUCUCAGAUCUAGACGUCAGAGCACAAAUAGAAGGCUCAUUCUUCUUCUCGUGCAUUUGGGGGCUAGGUGGAACCUUAGAUAUACAAAGUAGGCCAAGAUUCAACUUUUUAUUUAGAGCACUGUUGGAGAAAGAGUUUAAUCAACAAGUGAGCAAGACUAUUAAAUAUCCGCAUGAGAUCAAUAAGCCUGAAAAACCGUAUAUAUUUUCUCUGCCAGCAGGGGAGACCUGUUUUGAUUAUAGGUUUAUAAAGGAGGGUAAAGGCAAAUGGAAGCUUUGGUCGGACGAGCUGAUGUCUGCCCCGCCUAUCCCUCGGGACAUUCCCGUAAAUCAAAUUAUUGUGACAACGGUUGAGACUAUCAGAAAUAUGGCUUUGAUGCAGUUGUUGGUUCAGCACAACAAAGCGAUGAUGAUCAUCGGCCCGACGGGCACUGGGAAAUCAGUUUACAUCACAGACUUUCUUCUGAAGAGAAAUUCGAAAACUUACAUUCCACUAUUUAUAAACUUUUCUGCCCAAACUACCGCCAACCAAACACAGAGUAUAAUCAUGUCUAAAUUGGACAAAAGAAGAAAAGGCGUGUUUGGUCCACCAGUAUUGAAAAAAUGUGUAAUAUUUGUUGACGAUGUAAACAUGCCAACCAAAGAAAUAUAUGGAGCCCAACCACCCAUAGAAUUGUUGAGGCAAUGGUUCGACCACGAGAUCUGGUACGAUCUCAAAGAUAUUGUACCAAUGAGACUAAUUGAUAUACAGUUUAUGUGUGCCAUGUGUCCCCCUACUGGUGGUGGGAAUGUGAUAACCCCUAGAUUUUCUAGACACUUCGUCCAUCUUUGUAUCGAUGAGUUUCAGGAUUCUGUUCUAAUCAACAUUUUCAGCAAGAUAAUGCUUUGGCAUUUGGAUACCAGGGGAUUCUCCAAAGACUUCGAUCCAUGUAUAGAACAAAUAGUGAAUGCGACUUUGGAGAUUUUCAAGCAGGCUCGACUGAACCUGCUUCCAACACCCGCAAAAUCACACUAUCUUUUCAAUUUAAGAGAUUUCUCCAGAGUAAUACAGGGUGUACUUUUGUCAGUACCAGAAGCUAUGGAGGAUCUAUUAGCCAUAAAACGUUUAUGGGUGCAUGAGGUCCUCAGAGUAUAUUACGACAGACUGGUAGACAAUGGUGAUAGAGCAUGGAUUUUUCUAGCUUUAAGAAAAGUGUGUACGAAUUAUUUGGAAGAAGAUUUGGACGAUUUGUUCAUCAGACUGAAAAGGCCUAAUGUUCCGGUUGGUGAAAUGGAGCUACGCAAUCUCAUGUACUGCGAUUUCGCAAAUCCAAAAGCAGAUCAAAGACAUUACAUGGAAGUUUUAGAUCUAGAACAACUGACAUCUAUAGUGGACGGAUAUCUGAAUGAAUUUAAUAAUAUGACCAAAAAGCCUAUGAAUCUGGUGUUGUUCAGAUUCGCUAUUGAGCACUUAUCAAAAAUAUGUAGGAUCCUGAAAUCACCCAGAAGCCACGGCUUAUGCGUUGGCGUAGGCGGAUCAGGAAGACAAUCUUUGACGCGCUUAGCGGCUCAUAUUGCUGAGUACGAUUUGUUCCAAGUCGAAAUUACUAGACAAUAUGGCAUCAAUGAAUGGCGUGAGGAUGUGAAGGCUAUUCUGAGAAGAACGAGUUCCACAGAUCUACACUGUGUUUUCCUAUUUUCUGACACACAAAUCAAAGAAGAAUCCUUCCUGGAAGACGUCAGCAACUUGAUGAACUCCGGUGAAGUACCCAACAUCUUCACAUCCGAAGAGAAAGUGGAACUGUGCGAAAAAAUGCGGCAACUCGACAGACAGCGGGACAAGUCUAUGCAGACGGACGGAAGCCCACCAGCCCUGUUCAACUUCUUUGUUCAAAUUGUGAGGGAACAGCUCCAUUUGAUACUUACGAUGAGUCCGAUUGGGGAAAGCUUUAGGACAAGGGUUAGGAAGUUUCCGGCAUUAGUGAACUGCUGCACUAUCGACUGGUUUCAGUCUUGGCCCAAAGAUGCUCUUCUAGCGGUAGCAACGAGAUUUCUAGGAGAGAUAGAACUGACAGAUAUAGAGAGAAAGGUAUGUAUCGACAUGUGCCAAAUCUUCCACAUGUCCACUCAAAAUUUGUCCAACGAAUACAUGCUCAGACUAAAUCGGCACAACUACGUUACGCCCACUUCCUACCUCGAGAUGAUCAGCACGUUCAAGACUUUCCUCACUAAACAGAGAACGGAAGUUCUACAAGGAAAACACCGCUACGAAGUAGGCUUAGAAAAACUAGAAGCAGCCGGUGCCGAAGUAGCAGUAAUGCAAGCAGCCCUCGAAGCCUUACAACCUCAGUUAGUCGUAGCCCAACACAACGUAGAAGAAACGAUGAAAACAGUUGAAGCCGAGUCGCACGAAGCUGCGGUGGUCGAGCAUCACAUUCAAGAGGACGAAGCUGUGGCCAACGAGCAGGCCAAAGAGUCUCAAGCUAUUAAAGACGAUUGUGAUGCAAAUUUGGCUGAGGCAAUGCCGAUAUUGAAUGCAGCGUUGGCAGCUUUGAACACUCUAACGCCGGCUGAUAUUAGUGUUGUUAAAACGAUGAAGAAUCCUCCGAAAGGGAUUAAGUUGGUGAUGGAAGCUGUUUGUAUAUUAAAGGACGUGAAGCCCCAAAGAGUUCCAGCCCCCAGCGGCAUCGGACAAGUCGACGACUACUGGGGACCUUCGUUAAAAGUUUUGAGCGACAUCAAAUUUCUCGAAAGCCUCAUUUUGUAUGACAAAGAUAACAUUCCUCAAAGAAUAAUGGACAAACUUCGCCAUCAAAUAUUGAACGACGAAAAUUUCGAUCCUGACAAGAUUAAGACCGCUUCGACUGCAGCAGAAGGUUUGUGCAAAUGGGUCAUAGCGAUCUCGAAAUACGAUAAAGUGGCCAAAGUCGUAGCGCCCAAGAAAGCUGCAUUAGCGAUUGCAGAAGGACAUUUGGCAAAAGCAAUGGCUGAUUUGGAACUGAAAAGGGCGCAACUGCGAGAAGCUAAGGAACGAGUAGCAAAACUGGAGGCCCAACUGGAGAUUGAGAAGAAAAAGUUUCAGACUUUAACAGACGAAGUAAACCUUUGUACACUCAAGCUCCAAAGAGCAGAAGAACUCAUUGGUGGCUUAGGUGGUGAGAAGGACCGAUGGAAGCAGAUUGCUAAAGAUUUGGGCGAAAAGUAUUACAUCCUUACAGGCAAUAUUCUCAUAGCAGCAGGAGUGGUUGCUUAUUUGGGACCUUUUACAAUGCAGUUUAGGCAAAAACAGAUAGAAAGUUGGACAUCAACUCUAAAUGGCUUUGGUGUAGUAUGCUCUAGCGAUUUUCAGCUGACUGCAGUCUUGGGAGAACCAGUGAUGAUAAGAGCGUGGAAUAUUUUUGGCUUGCCCACAGAUAUGUUUAGCGUGGACAAUGGAAUUAUUAUUUCUAAUGCCAGAAGAUACCCUUUAAUGAUAGAUCCUCAAGGACAGGCUAAUAAAUGGAUAAAAAACAUGGAAAAGUCCAAAAAUUUAGCAAUCAUCAGACUUAACCAGGCUGACUAUGUUAGAAUAUUGGAGAACGCUAUUCAGUUUGGACAGCCGGUGCUUCUGGAAAACAUUGGUGAAGAGAUGGAUCCAGUUCUGGAACCGGUUCUAGCCCAGCAAAUAUUCAAACAGGGAGGUGCGUUAUGCAUCAAACUGGGUGACUCCGUCGUUGAAUACAGCAAAGACUUUAAGUUAUACAUCACGACCAAGCUGAGAAAUCCUCAUUAUCUACCAGAAGUAGCUGUGAAAGUCACUUUGGUUAAUUUUAUGAUCACCAAUGUAGGUCUGGAGGAUCAACUGCUUGGAAUUACUGUUGCUAAAGAACGGCCUGACUUGGAAUCUGAAAAGAAUGCGUUAAUUAUACAGGGAGCCGAAAAUAAAAAAUCGUUAAAGGAGAUAGAAGACAAAAUCCUGCUGGUAUUGAGUACUUCUCAGGGUAACAUUUUAGAAGACGAAACAGCAGUACAAAUCUUGAGUUCGUCCAAAACUCUGGCUAAUGAUAUCGCAGCCAAGCAAGCAGUAGCAGAAGUCACCGAAAGGCAGAUAGAUAAAGCUAGAUUGGAGUACACACCAAUAGCAGCACAUGCGACAAUUUUAUUCUUCUCGAUAGCUGAUUUAGCAAACAUUGACCCUAUGUAUCAAUAUUCCUUGGUUUGGUUCAUAAAUCUAUUUAAGUCAGCAAUCGACAACACUGAAAGGGUUGAAGAUGUCGGUCAACGAUUGAAAGACUUGGAAAAGUACUUCACAUAUUCGUUAUACGUUAAUAUUUGCCGUAGUCUUUUUGAAAAGGACAAGUUGUUAUUUUCUCUUCUUCUGUGUGUUAAUUUAAUGAAGACGCGUGGGGAAAUCAACACUGCAGAAUGGAUGUUUCUUCUAACCGGUGGUGUAGGUUUAGAAAAUCCCAAUAAAAAUCCCACUGAUUGGUUAGUCUCGAAGUCAUGGGAUGAGUUGUGUAGAUUGAAUGAUCUACCAGCCUUCAAAGGCAUUAUGCACCACUUUAUGGCCAACAGCAGAGACUGGAAAAGAAUUUUCGACUCCGGUGAACCCCAGGACAUGGAAUUACCUAGUCCCUGGCAUUCCAAACUUAACGAUUUACAAAGACUGAUCGUAUUACGGUGUAUCCGGUACGACAAAAUGGUACCUGGUGUUCAAAACUUCGUUACACUACAUCUUGGAAAAAGGUACAUAGAGCCUCCGCCGUUUGAUUUGAUUUCUUCAUUUGGAGACUCCCAUUGUUGUAUACCUUUGAUUUUCAUUCUAACGCCAGGUGCAGAUCCUACAGCUGUCUUGUUAAAAUUUGCUGAUGAUCAAGGAUUUGGGGCGGCUAGAUUGUUCGCUCUUUCUCUUGGACAAGGUCAAGGACCAAUAGCUAUUAAACUAAUUGAUGAAGGGGUUAAAAAUGGCACUUGGGUGGUACUGCAAAAUUGUCAUUUAGCAAAGAGCUUCAUGCCGACCUUAGAAAGGAUUUGUGAAAACUUGACUCCGGAUGCCACGCAUCCUGACUUUAGAUUAUGGCUGACGUCAUAUCCUGCUGAUCAUUUUCCUGUGCUGGUGUUGCAAAAUGGGGUCAAAAUGACCAAUGAACCACCAAAAGGUUUGAAGAACAACAUAAUCAGGUCUUACAUGAGCGAUCCAAUUUCUGAUGUAGAAUGGUUUGAAAGUUGCAAGCAAACUGCAGUUUUUAAGAAGCUUUUGUACGCUCUCUGCUUUUUCCAUGCAACCGUCCAAGAGAGAAGAAAGUUUGGUCCGUUGGGUUGGAACAUUCCAUACGAGUUCAACGAAACUGAUCUGAGGAUCAGUGUGAUGCAGUUACACAUGUUUUUACACGAAUAUGAAGAUAUACAGUACGAUGCUCUACUUUAUCUAACAGGGGAGUGCAACUAUGGAGGAAGGGUAACGGAUGACUGGGACCGAAGAACUUUAAGCACCAUACUUCAAAAGUUUUACUCCAAGGAAGUUGUGCAGAAUGAAAAUUAUCCUUUGGAUCCUACAGGUAAAUAUUACGUACCCGAGAAAUCAGAAUAUGACCAUUUUCUCGACUACACCCGAAACCUCCCCCUUAUCACUCAUCCCGAAGUGUUUGGUAUGCACGAAAACGCCGACAUCAUGAAAGACCAACACGAAACUGAUUUGCUCUUUAACAACACACUUCUUACUCAGGACGCCAUGUCAACCAGUGGUUCAGCAAAAUCCCCAGACGAAGUCAUAAUGGAAGUAUCUUCAGAUAUCUUGGGAAGGCUUCCAGAAAACUUCGACAGGGACGCCGCUAUGGAGAAGUACCCAACGUCGUACUCCCAGAGUAUGAAUACGGUCUUGGUACAGGAAAUGACGCGAUUCAAUCGCCUUCUUAGUAAAAUUAGGGAUAGUUUGAAGAAUGUACAGAAAGCUACAAAAGGUUUAAUUGUUAUGUCUGUCGAUUUGGAAGAAGUGGUUACCAGCAUACUGACAGGAAGGAUUCCUCAAAUGUGGGCAAAUGUGUCAUAUCCUUCCAUGAAACCCCUGGGUAGCUACGUCGCUGAUUUUUUGGCUAGAUUACAAUUUUUACAGAACUGGUAUGAUAAUAAAGCACCAACCACCUUCUGGAUUUCGGGAUUUUUCUUCACUCAAGCUUUCUUAACGGGCGCCCAACAAAACUACGCCAGAAAGUACACCAUUCCCAUUGAUUUACUGGCUUUUGACUACGAGGUGCUGCGACAACAUCAUUUUGAUACGCCUCCAGUAGAUGGCGUAUACAUUUACGGACUUUUCCUAGAUGGCGCUCGUUGGAAUGAAGACAUAAUGGAAUUGGAUGAGUCUUUUCCGAAAGUUUUAUAUGAUGCAGUUCCCUACAUGUGGUUGAAACCUUUGAAAAGGGAAGACCUGAAGGAGAGAAAAACCUAUACAUGCCCAGUAUACAAAACAGCCGAAAGAAGAGGUAUUUUGUCCACCACGGGGCAUUCGACGAAUUUCGUCAUAGCUAUGUUCCUUCCGUCAUCUCAACCUUCCUCACACUGGAUAAUGCGUGGCGUUGCCAUGUUGUGCCAGUUGUCCCAGUAGUAUAGGAUUUUAUUUAUAAUAAUUAUACAACAUUUAUGAUUUUAUUUAUAUUUUACUUUAUAUAUACAAUUUUUAAAUAAAUGCGAAGAAUUGUA